CGGUCGAUGUUAGAUUAAAAAUCAUAAUUGGCUAUGAAAGAUGGCGAGUAAAAUUAACUUGAGCAGUGCAAAUCCAACUGAAGAAGAAAAACAGACAAUUGUAGAGGCGUUGAGGCAGAAAUUGCAAGGUAUUAAAACUGUUAAGAAUAUCAAUACAGAUGAAGAAUAUUUACUAAGAUGGUUAUACAGUACUGAAUUUGAUGUUGAAACAUCUUUUUUAAGGAUGAAAGACUACCACGAAAACAUGGUUGAAAACCCUACUUGGUUCCAGAAAGAAUCCCCUUUAAACAGAAAAUCUUCCUUUGAAAUGAAUGCAGCAAUUAUGAUUCCAGCUCACGAUAAAGAAGGCAGACCUAUUUAUAUAUCAAAAAUUGGUAAUUUGGACCCAGAUCAAACUACAUUCGCCGAUGAAGCUUGCAUUGACGACAUCUGGUACGAAUACAUCCUGGACAAGAAUCCUGAAAUUGCGAAAAUAGGUCUUUGCGUUAUCUUAGAUUUAGGAGGCAUCAGUUGGAAAUACCUAAAAAUGCUUAAUUAUAAGGAUUGCAAGCUAGGUUUAAGGAAGUUAUCUUGUUUACCGUUCAAAGAACUGAAACUACAUUGCGUCAAUAAUUCGAAGUAUACGAAGCUGAUGUUAAAGAUCGUGCAACCUUUUAUACCCGAAGAAAGCAAAAAACAGAUGUUUUUCCAUUUUGAUAAUUGUGCUACGCUCUACGACUAUAUUGAUAAGGACAAUUUACCACCAGAGUAUGGAGGUUACAAUAAAAUAAAUCACAAGAAAAUAUACGAAAAACUAUUCGACAAAGCCGAUGCUAUCACCGAAAAUUUUCGAUUGCAUAGAAAUGUUAUUAAAAGUUAAUAUUUAAGUUAAUAUUUAUAAUAUUUAAUCUUUUUUUUUUUAUAGUCAGUAGAUUAUUUUGUUUAUACUUAUGUAAGACGUAAUUUGUUAUUUAAUAAAAAAUAUGUAAUUUA